AUGGAAUCAGCCGUUAUCGUCGCUGCAGCUCGCACUCCCAUCGGUUCCUUUAAUGGUAGUUUUGCCACGAUUCCAGUGGUAGAACUCGGUGCCAAUGUCAUUAAAAGUAUCCUUGAACGGUCAGCUGUGAAGCCUGAAGAUGUAUCAGAAGUUAUUAUGGGAAAUGUCUACACAGCAGGUGAAGGAGCAAACACUGCUCGUCAAGCGAGCGUCAAAGCUGGUUUACCUUAUUCCGUCCCAGCCUGUUGCAUUAAUAUGUUGUGUGGCUCUGGCUUAAGAUCUGUUGUGAUGGCUGCUCAAGCGAUUAAAGUUGGGGAUUCUAAUAUUGUCAUCGCAGGAGGAAUGGAGAACAUGAGCCGGGCUCCGCAUUGUACUCACAUGAGGGCUGGCACCAAGAUGGGAGACAUUAACAUGGUAGACACAGUCUUGAAGGAUGGCUUAAUUGACCCUUUUUACCAAUAUCACAUGGGUAUAACAGCUGAAAAUGUUGCCCAGAAAAUGAACAUAUCCCGCUCGGAGCAAGAUCAAUUUGCCGUCCUGUCUCAACAGAAAUGUGAUGCUGCCCAAGUCUCAGGACAUUUUAAGAAAGAAAUUGUUCCUGUUAGUGUCAAGACAAGAAAUGGAGAAUUAAUUGUUGACAAAGAUGAAUUUCCUCGGCCCAAUUCUACAACUGAGGCACUGGCGAAGCUAAAACCUUGCUUCGUAAAAGAGAAUGGAACAGUUACUGCUGGGAAUGCUUCUGGAAUUAACGAUGGUGCUGCUGCUGUGAUGUUGAUGUCGAGAACAGAAGCCAUUGAACGAAGAAUUAAACCACUUGCUCAGAUAGUGUCUUGGGCCCAAGCUGGUAUUGAUCCUUCAAUCAUGGGCACUGGACCAAUUCCUGCUGUUCGAAAAGCUCUUGAAAAGGCAGGUUGGAAUAUGGACAGUGUGGAUGUUUUUGAGUUAAAUGAGGCAUUUGCAGCUCAGUCCUGUGCGGUCAUCAAAGAAUUACAAUGUGAUCCUAAGAAAGUGAAUCUGUGUGGUGGAGCUAUAUCGUUAGGCCACCCCCUGGCUGCCUCAGGAACUCGUAUCCUAGUCACAUUAUUAUACAACAUGCAACGGCUUCAGUUGAAACGAGGUGUUGCUGCCCUUUGCGUUGGGGGUGGCAUGGGUAUUGCUAUAUGUGUGGAAGCUGUUUGAGAAGUUCUCUUGCCUUAAAUAUCUCUGGAAAUUUGCCUGAAUAUACAUGCUCUCUCUUUCUUUUCAUAUAUAUAAUUAUUUCAUAAAAAAUAUGAUAUAUAUUUA